AUGAGGGUCAGCGAAGAGCCGGUGCCAAGAAAUCUGACGGCUACUGUUGUGGGUUCUACGAGCGUUCGUGUGGCUUGGAAGCCUCCAAAGGAUAUAGAACAAAUCGGGUCCAAGUAUCUGAUCGUUGUGCGCAAUGCAACAUGCAUGGUCAAGGUUAUGGUGAUGAAGACGGAGUACAUCCUAACCAACAUGAAUCCAUCUUCCACUUACAUUGUCACUAUACACGCUACUGACCAGCUAGAAAUGCCGUUCCGCGCUGCAGCAUCAAUUUCAGUCAAGAUGACAAUCACCGUGGUGAAUGUUGUGGGUGAUUUGACUGCCUCACAAGUGAACGACACCACUAUCCGGGUGUCCUGGACCAAACCAAGUCCUGCCGAUAACUACAGAGACGAGUACCACAUAACCGUCUACGGUGAAGGCUAUAAGAAGACCUAUACAACGAAGGAGACCUGGAUCAUUGCUGGCGGUCUGGAUACCUCCUCAGUUUUCAACAUCACCGUGCAGGGUGUUUGGUCAAAUGGCACAGUUGUUCCCAAUGUCGCAACCACUCACCUCCGAAAACCUUCCCUUGGGGACCUGCUGGUGCCAAGAGAUUUCACCGGUGCGCUCCUGAAUUGCACAACUGUCCGUCUGAGUUGGAAGGCCCCAAUUACUUCACAGCCAUGGGGAGACCAGUAUCUGCUCGUUGUCUACAAUAACACCUACAACAAGAGUUAUAAGCUGGAGCAGACUGAGAAGAUAAUAACCGACCUGCAGCCAUCUUCCAUCUACAAUUUCACUCUUCAGGCAGUUGACAAGAAUGGCAAGCCUUUCCGCCCUCUAGCAUUCAUGUCAGCUCAAACAUCAUACUGUGAUGUGCCCAUGCCAAUGCAAGUCACUGCCAUGAUUCUGAAUUCUAACACAAUCCGUGUGAAAUGGAUGGCCCCAACUACUUCACAGCCAUGGGGAAACAGGUACCUGCUGACUAUCAACAAUAACACCUACACCAAGAGCUAUAAGGUGUUGACCACAGAGGCGACAAUAUCCAACCUGCAGCCAUCUUCCGUUUACAAUUUCACUCUCCAGACUCUUGACACGAGUGACAAGCCGUUCCCCGCUAAAGUAUUUGGUUCCGUACAAAUGCCAGCCAGUGCCGUGCCAGUGCCAGAAAAAGUUACUGCUUCGAUUAUGGACGGCAAAAAUCUUCGUGUGAGGUGGCAGCCUCCAACAAAUUCGAGUAAAUGCGGGGACAAGUAUCAGGUCAUCGUCCGCAAUAAAACAUAUCAGGACAAGAAAAUGGUGACGAAGCCGGAAUACAUAAUAUCCAACCUGAACCCAUCCUCGUUUUACAAUGUCACUGUGCAGGCUACUGACAAGGCUGGAAAUCCUUUCCCCGCCUCAGCAUCCAUUACCGUCAAAUUGUCAGCAAACGAUGUGCCGGUGCCAAAGCCGAGAGAUUUUACUGCCUCUAUUGUGAAUUCCACUACCAUCCAUGUGAGCUGGCAGAAACCACUCCCUGCGGACAAAUUCAAAGACGAGUACCACAUCACUAUCUACGGUGAAGGCUAUAAGAAGACUUUAACCACGAAGGAUACAGUUAUCACCAUUAGCGGCUUGGAUACUUCUUCGAUUUACAACAUCACCGUGCAAGGUUUUUUGGCAAAUGGCAAAAUUGUUCCCGAUGUCGCACACACUACCCUGCAAAAGCCUUCCUCUGGGCUGCCUGUUCCGCGAGAUUUUACCGCCAUCGUCAGAACCAGUACCAGCGUACGCAUGACCUGGACAAGACCAACUCCACUCACCAACUUCCUGAAUCAGUACUACGUUACUGUCUACGGUGACAGCUACGUCAAGAGGUUUAUGUUCCGGUCCACGAAGGAAGUCAUUUACGGUGUGCAGCCUUGCACUAUCACGAAGAUCACUAUACAGGCCGUAUGGACAAAUGGCACAGUUGUUCCUGCGGUCGCCACCACUACGGUGCAAAAUCUGCCAGCAGAUAAACUAGUUCCAACAGACUUAGGCGCCGAGCCGAUGACUUCCUCGUCAGUCCGUUUGGCUUGGAAGCCACCAUGCCAGACCACCAAUCUCUCGAACCAGUAUCUUGUCACCGUCUACGAUGGCACCCACAACAAGACCUAUAAGGUGGAUAAGCGGCAGCUCAACAUAACCGACCUGGAGCCUCUGACCAUUUACAAUUUCACCGUGCAAGCAAUCGGGAAGGAUGGCGUCCCUGUUAGCAGUGCCGCCUUUGAUUCCACCAGAACCCUACCCCACGGU